AUGUCGAUUACGCGAACGGCAAAUUUUUCUCGUAAAACAAAUGAAACUGAUAUUAAUGUAAUGAUACAUUUGGAUUCAGCUGGAAAUCAAACAAUUGAAAUCAAUUCUGGCAUAGGAUUUUUAGAUCAUAUGUAUCAUGCUCUCGCAAAGCACUCGGGUUGGUCACUAUCACUAACAUGUAAAGGUGACUUGCACAUUGAUGACCAUCAUUCCGCAGAAGAUACAGCAAUUGCUUUGGGACUUGCAUUCAAGCAGGCAUUGGGCGAACCAAGGGGCAUAAAAAGAUUUGGCUAUGCUUACGCUCCAUUAGAUGAGGCUUUGUCACGCGCUGUUGUUGACAUUUCGGGAAGACCGUUUGCGGACAUUAAUAUGGAAUUGAAACGAGAAAAAAUUGGUGAACUUUCAACUGAAAUGAUCCCUCACAUCUUAUCAUCUUUUGCCACAUCUGCUGGAAUUACAUUACAUGUCGAUGUCUUAAAAGGAAAGAAUGAUCAUCACAGGGCAGAAUCUGCUUUUAAGGCUCUCGCUGGAGCAUUAAGACAAGCAAUUGAGAGGACUGGGACAAAUGACGUCCCCAGUACAAAGGGUGUUUUAUAA